AGCGUUUUCGCCUGUAACGAAAAGUAAAACUUUAAAAUUAAUUUGUGGGAUUUUCUUGGUCCCAAAAAGAUGAGAAUAUUUUUUUGAUCUAAUAAGGCAAUUAUCAAUCAUAACCUUCCUUAAAAAAGCGUCAAGUAGCCUAGUAGUGACUUAAUGUACGUUCGCAGGAUUCUGAUGUUGCAAGUUCGGGAAGUAGCACAAAGAAAGAGGCUAAAAAGGAUUCUGAUGUUGCAAGUUCGGGAAGUAGCACAAAGAAAGAGGCUAAAAAGGAUUCUGAUGUUGCAAGUUCGGGAAGUAGCACAAAGAAAGAGGCUAAAAAGGAUUCUGAUGUUGCAAGUUCGGGAAGUAGCACAAAGAAAGAGGCUAAAAAGGAUUCUGAUGUUGCAAGUUCUGGAAGUAGCACAAAGAAAAAGGCUGGAAAGGGUCGUACGCCUUCCGCAAGUCCGAAAAGUUCUUCUACAAAAACAAAAGAUAAAAAGGUACAAAUUUUAA